UAUAGCUGGUUUUGUCUGCUCUCGCCACAAGAAGUAUGGACAAGGGAAUUAGUUGAGGCGAUAAAUCUCCAUCAGUGUACUUGUGAUAAUUGUUAAGUAGCAGUAUUAUGGAAUCUAAUGACGGUUUCAUCUUUAACCUAAGCUGUGGCGGCGACCCCUUGUCCCCAGACGCGCCCAGCCAGAGUCAGCUUAUCCAGUUCUCGGAAUGGUACGCCAAUCUCCAUGGCUACACCAGUCUGGCCGUCUGCGUCUUUGGAAUUAUUACGAAUAUAUUCAAUAUCACUGUCCUGACGCGAAGCGAUAUGACAACGCCGACCAACGUACUGCUGACGUGGUUAGCCGUCUCAGAUAUUUGGACGAUGAUUCCUUACAUUCCAUUUGCCCUGCAUUUCUACUGUAUUCAUUCCCCAUUUGCUGUCUCGCCAGAAAAGAAUUCGUACCUAUGGAUGAGUUUUAUGCUUGUGUUGAUUAGCUUCACAGCAACAACGCACACAAUCUCCAUUUGGCUAGGGGUAGCCAUAGCCGUUCUGCGCUAUUUUCAACUCAAAUCCACGGCUAAUGGCGUCCAGGCAAAUAAGAAACGAAUCAAAACGGCGAAAAUCAUCGCCGGAGUUAUUUACGUUGUCUCCAUUGCUGGCUUAAUACCGAACUAUCUCAGUAAUGAACUGGAAACCAGGCAAAUUGACAUUCAAGGAGUCAACCGCACAAUAUACGUUCUCAAAGACUUGAAAUUAAACUCUGGAGAUGCCGAUCUUAUAGUUCUUCUCAAUGUGAUAUGUUACGGUUUAUUUGCCAAAGUUGUGCCCUGUGUUUUAAUGAGUGUAUACGGCGGAGCGCUUUUGUACAAUUUAGGUGUGAAAGGCAACCGCAGGCACCGACGCCUUUCUAGAAUGACUUCCGUGACGUCGAUGGCGGAAAAACGUCGAACCGGAAGGGCGAGGACAACAAAAAUGCUACUUACCGUGCUGAUCUUAUUUUUAUUAACGGAGCUGCCUCAAGGUAUCCUAAUCCUGCUCAGUGUUGGAAUGAAAGGAUUUUUCUAUCGGAUUUAUAUUCCCUUAGGUGAUUUGAUGGAUUUUAUAGCAUUGUUGAACAAUGCGGUGAAUUUCGUCCUUUAUUGUACAAUGAGUCAUCAGUUUAGGAUACGGUUUUUACAGAUGUUCGGCCAGAGCUCUAUUAAAUUCAGAGGGAGCUUUAGAAAUUCAGUGAGCAUUAAAUGUGCCGUGACGAAUAACUUUACUAACGGUACACCCCCAAAAAGGCAAACCACAUCGCGGUACGGUGUCCCAGCGAACUGUAAUGGAAAACCAACCAUUACACGGAUAAACUCUAAAAACGGGACGUGUCAGACGCAAACAAUUGAAGUCGUCUAAAGCCAAGAGACAAAAGUGCUAGUAUUUUCUUAACGAUACUUGGACCAAGUCUUCACAUUGCUUUCGUGUGAAGUCGAGCAGUCUGUGAUUAAAUUGGUAUUCUAAAUGUGAAAAGAAAUAACGCGUUGCUUAAAUCAAUCUAGAUAAAUAUUUUCACAAGCUGAGGAAGAUUUUGGAAAUAAAAAAUUUCAGCGGUGCCUUACUGAUCUCAAAAGCAGAAGCAAAGAGCUAUCCUUGAGUAACCGUUUCUUCCCUGUUCUGAUUUGGUGUGAACCCAGUUUUGGUGCCAACACAUUUUUACAUGAUGUCAACUCAGUUUGAAACAUUUUAACUCCAGGUGUGUCUCUUUUAAUUUUUUAUGUGCGCGAGAAUAUUAUUGUAUGGCACUGACAUCUAUUGUACAAUUUGCCUUGACCAUUGAGUUUUUGAGAGCAAACCCCAUUGCUGAAAUAUAUGGAGACCUAAAAUCAAAUGAUACUCAGUUUUGUUUCAGAGAAAGGCGGUUCUACUCCGUUCUUAAGAAUCACAAUGGCUUGAUACAGUGGGGACUGAAUCUCUAUAUCAAUUUAAAUAGGGACUGUCUACAGACUCUUUGCAACUUUGCAAAGUUAUGGACAAAUGGGUUACACUGCUUUACUGUAG